AGAUGAGUUGCGCGCGACCACUCCACAGUCAACGAUGAACAUAACAAAACAUGAGCACACAUUAAAAAUACAAAACAACAACAACAAUGAAAUAAAAACGACAGAUAUUGAAGUGUAGCAAAAGAACUUGAACACAAUUUAGUUUACUGUUAGCACUGAACCGGGUAACACAGCAUUACACAGCACACACGAGUAGGAAAAUUUGCCUGAACGCCGUCGUCGUCGUCGUGUUUCGUGUGGCUAAUGUGUAGAAAAUUGCAAACGCAACAAAAAAAAAACCCGUAAUAGGAAAUAUGCAAUAAAAGCGGCUAACUAAUAGCACCAAACUAAGCGAUUAAGUGUGACAAUUAGGCCUGGCUGGCAAGAAAAAAAUUGGAAUUUAAAGUGAUAAAACCCUAAACAGCUAAGGGCAAAAAAAGAGCAAAAAACAAACAAAAAAUAAGUAAAUAAACAAAAAAACCGUCGCAAAAUUGUUACAAAAUAUAUACGAAACAAAAAAUGUUAUAAUUUUUGUUGAUAUGUCUUAUAGAGCCACUUGAAGUGUGCUUUAAAAUCUUGCCCCCCCCUCCAAAACGAAAAAAAUCAUUUAUUUUGUGUGUUAUUGUUUUAUGCAAAUUUCCAUCAUAAAUUUUCCUUUUAGCAAGGCAAAUUGAACGUGAAAUUGCCUUCAGCAAACAACAGAUGAAAAAAAAAUAUACAAGAUUUAAUUUAAACAAUUCUAAAUAAACUUCAACAAAUCACCCACAACGAGAGUGUUUAUACAAUAAAUUAUAUACAUUUAACAAAGCUGUGAAAAUUAAAAAUCCAAAUAAAUUCAUUCGGGUGUUGGGGGCUACACCAAAAAUAACCUUAACCAAUUUGAUGUUCAUAAUCUAAUUGAAAUCAAAAUCACAACAGAAGAAGAAACGUGCAGUAAAAACACACAAAAACAAAUCGAAGACUUUAACGGAAGCCCGAAGAAGACUUGUAAACAAAUAUUUAAGAAAAAAUGGAUUUAUCAGCGUUAUUAAGAAUAUACAGCGGUUUAUUGUUGGUGUGUCUGAGCACAACGUUAACAAUGGUACAAAGUGAAAAAGCCCACAAGCCCGGACGGGGGAGGGGUUCAAUGUGGUGGGGCAUUGCCAAAGUGGGCGAACCCAAUAAUAUUUCACCCAUCAGUUCGGGCAUAUUGUAUGUCGAUCCCGCCAUACACACCACCCUGAGGCGAAAACAACGAAGACUUGUUCGUGACAAUCCUGGUGUCUUGGGUGCCUUGGUCAAAGGAGCCAAUUUGGCUAUCAGCGAAUGCCAGCAUCAGUUUAGAAAUCGUCGUUGGAAUUGUUCAACGCGUAAUUUUCUUAGAGGCAAAAAUCUCUUUGGAAAAAUUGUGGAUAGGGGAUGCCGUGAGACUGGUUUCAUUUAUGCCAUUACCAGUGCCGCUGUUACCCAUUCCAUUGCUCGUGCCUGCAGCGAGGGUUCCAUAGAAUCUUGCACCUGUGACUAUAGCCAUCAAUCGCGUUCUCCCCAGGCCAAUGCGCAGGCGGGCAGUGUGGCCGGUGUGCGCGAUUGGGAAUGGGGCGGUUGUUCGGAUAAUAUUGGUUUUGGCUUCAAAUUCUCCCGCGAAUUCGUUGAUACUGGCGAACGUGGACGCAAUUUGAGAGAGAAAAUGAAUUUGCACAAUAACGAGGCGGGAAGAGCGCAUGUCCAAAGUGAAAUGCGCCAAGAAUGCAAAUGCCAUGGCAUGUCAGGUUCUUGCACUGUUAAAACCUGCUGGAUGCGUUUGGCAAAUUUCCGUGUGAUUGGUGAUAAUCUCAAGGAUCGCUUUGACGGCGCCUCUCGUGUCAUGAUGAGCAAUAGCGUUCGUCCCAGUGGCAGUGCCAAUGCUGUGGGCAUUCCCAGCCUUAGUCCAAAUGCUGUGGGAGUAAUGGCCAAUGGUUUGUCCCCAAAUGCUGCCAGUUCGAGUGUCUAUGAUGAUGAGCGUAUGCUUAAUGAUGAGCAUGUGAUAAAACAUCAUCCCAAUAUGCCCUCACCCAAUAGUCUGCCCAAUCAGAAUGGCGUUUCAAGAAAUGCUGUGCGAGGACGCCAGGGACGGCAAGGCAGAAAAAAUAAUAGAUAUUCCUUUGUGCUUAAACCUCAUAAUCCCGAUCAUAAGCCACCCGGCAACAAGGACAUUGUCUACUUGGAACCAUCACCCUCGUUCUGUGAAAAAAAUCUACGCUUGGGCAUACAAGGAACACAUGGGCGCCAAUGCAAUGAUACAUCGAUAGGAGUGGACGGUUGUGAUCUGAUGUGCUGCGGUCGAGGCUAUCGCACCCAAGAGGUAGUUGUUGUGGAACGGUGUGCCUGCACAUUCCAUUGGUGCUGUGAAGUCAAGUGUAAAUUGUGUCGAACGAAGAAGACGAUACACACGUGUCUGUAAGGCACAAACUAAACGGCAUUGCCGCCGCCUGUCUGCCAGCCAGACAUUUUAGGAGGCCUCAUCCCCAGCCAGCUGAAGCCCGGCUUGCUUCAAAUAGCUCUCCGGUAUCCGGUAUGCAAAGCGCGAAUGUAGACCUUGUCCCCGAGCAAGGCUUGUUAUUUGUUGUAGUAUUUUUUUUUUUUUUAAUAAUUUUUAAUGUAAAACUCCCCUCUCCAGCCUUUUCUAGAGCCUUACAACUCUAUUUGUAUGAAAGCCAACACGACUUUGUAGUAUUUAAAUAAGGGACAGACAGACAGACGGCCAAGGAAAACAAUGAACCCACAGACGGACGGACAACUAGACCCUCUUGACCGCAACAAGAACAAGAGUGGUUUUCAGUCUCUCCUUGUAUUUGACAACAUAUUAAUUUGCCAUACUUUGUAAAUGUCAUUGCAAAUUAAUUGUAAACGAUGUACGUGUGGUCUUAACAUACAACAACAAGAAAAACAACAAAAAUUAAUAACUUCUUUAUUUUACUGACAAAAAAAAAACGCUUUAUUAACAAGGCGCUGGUUCGAAUUAUUUAUUAUUUUUUUUGAUUUAUUGUUUCUAAUUGUUGUCUUUGCUUCAAAAACCCUUAAACCGUCCUAGAAAUAUUUUUCUAAAAAAUCCUCCCACCCCCAAAAACCUACAUUAGAAGCCUCAAAUUUUCAUAAAAAAAAUGAAAUCAUAAAAACUCUGUCUGAUCUUUUAAGAACAUUCUUAGCAGUAUUAAACAUUUAUACAUACAUACAUCAUAUAGAAUAUAUCCAUAUAUACAUACAUACAUGCAUACAUACUUACAUAUAAUUUUGUAGAAAAAAACAACAAACUUUUCAUAAUAGAACUUUUAAAAAACCACACAUCACAAACUCCCCCCAUGAGAAACCUUAAAGCCCAGUUUAUUAAAUUUAUAAGCAAAAGUUUAGCAUAGAUUAAAAAUUAGUACUUUUAAGCUUCAAUUUUAGUAUAAAUGCAAUUUGUAAUUAUUAUCAUUAUAUUAUUACAAUAAAUUGUACUAAUAUGUGUUAUUUUUUAAGGAUUUUUUUACAAAGACUGAAUACAUUGGAAAGAAGCGAAAUUGUUUCUAUUUCAUUUCAAAUUUCUUUAAAUUAAAGCCCUUACUCUUUUUUUUCUUAAGUUAUAAGCCUUUCCCCUUAAUUUUGUGUAAAUAUUUUCAUUUUCCCAUUUUAAAUGUAAAAAUUAUUUUUGUGAUUUGUGAAUCACAAACUUGUCGCCACCCCACUCCUCUCCAAGCAUUUUGUGUAUUGUAUUAUUGAACGAAAAAGAAAAGAUGAUGAUCAACUAUCUUUGCUUUAGUCUUAAGGCUUAGUUUAAUAUUUAUGAUUACAAAUUUAAAAAGAAAAAAUAAAUUUUUAAUAAUUAUUUAAUUUAUUGAUUAAAUUACUCGACUUGCUGUAGUUCUUAGUUUUGGUUGUAUAGUAUUUUAUUAUUAUUUUUUAUUAUUUGAUCUUAAAUUGCUCUAAGUUAAUUAUUUUUUCAUAAAAAAAAACAAGAGAAAAUCAAAAAAGAUACAAACCCAUCACAACGAACUAAAAUCGAAGAGAAAAUAUUGAAAGAAACACACACA